AUGGAAAACCCAGUUGAAGAGAUCCCGCAGGUGAUCCAUCUGCUCACCCAGUCUAUCCCUUCAGUGCAGCAACAGACAGUUGAAAAAUACUUUACGCCCUCUGCCUCAAUUACGCAUCCAUUUCUACACUCUGGUUCAUUCCAAGGCAGCCGAUGGCUGAUCAGUCGGAUAUUUCUUUUCUAUAAGAUCAUGUCGCCACAUGUUGAUCUGCAAGUGAAAUCAGUAGGUCAGUAUCCUACCACAAACGCCCUUGUCGUACAUGCACGGAAAGUCGCUCCAUAUCUAACAUGCAUUAUAGCGUUUGACCGCGAUAACUUGCUUUUAUACGUCACCGUGUCCCAAGUCUUCCGCAUAUUCAUUGUCCCUUUCUACACCGCACCGGUUACUCUUACUACAGUGCUGCAGCUCGUCAAGGGAGUAGAACAAGAUAGCCCAACCCAGCACCGUCGCAAAGUACCGGUUGUUGAGCUUACCAACUCGAAUACGGACCUUCUGGCUUCCUCUACGUCAAUCCCGGCAGAGGAAUACGCUAGCACUACAGUUGAGCCGUGCAGUUCUACGAAGCCGCUGUAUUACAUCGCUUCGCAGAAUGACUUAUACCAAACAAACGAGUAUGUGAAAUUUGUCAUACCAUAUGGGAUUGGGGAGGCGUUUGUUCUAUUUUGGCAUGCGUUUGCUACUCUAUUUUGCGUGCUGGCUUCCUACGUCUUUUGGCCGAUUGCAUGGGCAGAGGAGAAGGGUAUACUUCAGGUUACCAGGUUUGACAGUACGCUUCAUAAGGCAAAGCAAAAUUGA